GAGUGGUUUCUGUGCAGGGAAGCGUCCCAAAUCAAUGGAGCAUAAGCGCACACUCUGAAAAAAAAAAACAAAACAAAACAAAAACAAAUCAGCUAUCCUGUCGAUUCAUCUCACAUCUAAACAAGCGGUUAAGCGCGUCGGUCCAAGUAGUUAUGACAGGAAUGAACAUUUGGCUGUAACGACAGUAAGAUCGCCUGGUGUACUGAGAAAAAGACUCACCGCCGCUGGAUGGUUGGUGAUUUAUAAGUUUCUUUCUCCUAACAUGUGCUGUGUCUGAAGAGGUCAACCCACGCUUUGAAUCCCCCCUGGAAGACCAUGCUGUCCCUCCUGCUGCCCGCAGUGCUGGUUGUCCAAGCUUUAGCUGUGAUGGAAGUGCAUGUCCCUGAGCUUCCAGUGGUGGCACUGCAUGGUAGUGAUGCAACACUCAACUGCUCCUUCAGUUUUACCAGCCCCUUCGACCUGUCUGAGCUGAGUGUCUUCUGGCAGCUGACGGAUACCAAACGCAGUGUGCAUGAAUAUUGGAAUGGCCGUGACCAACUGGCCGACCAGGCAGAGAAGUUUGCCAACCGUACCAGCCUGUUCCCCACCCAGCUGGGCAUGGGCAACGCCUCACUCCUGCUGCACCAGGUGAAGGUGACUGAUGAAGGCAGUUAUACCUGCUUCGUCAGGGUGCAGAACUACAGCAGUGCUGCCCUGCUUCUGCAGGUGGCUGCUCCCUAUUCAAAGCCUGUGGUGACUCUGGAGCCAGAUACCAACCUGCGGCCAGGUGAUGAGGUGGCCCUGACUUGUGUGGCCUACGGUGGCUACCCAGAGGCUGAUGUACUGUGGCAGGACGGGGCUGGGCGCAACCUGACUCAAAAUAUCAGCAAUUCCCUGGUGGCCAAUGAGAAAGGGCUGUUCAGUAUGACGAGUGUACUGACAGUUGUCCUGGAACCCAACAGCACCUACAGCUGCCGAGUGACCAACCAGCUAUUGGCUGUAGAGGGCCUUGCCUCUGUCACCAUCUCAGGUCAGAACAUUGCGUUCCCCCCGGUGGCUUUGUGGGUAACUAUUGGUCUGGCCGUGUGUCUGCUGGGUCUGCUCAUCGCCCUGGCUGCUGUCUGCCGCAGGAAGAUCAAGGAGAGCUGUGAGGAGGCCAGGAGAGAAGCUGAGGAGGCCAAAGAGUUGGAGGAAGAGGAGUCAAAGACAGCCAUGACACCACUGAAAAGCUAAGGCCAAAGUGAAAAAAAAAAGGAGUCAGGGCCAGACGGUGGGCAGGAGAUGAGUCUGGCGGGUAAUCCCACUCCACCUAUCCAUCAACCUGGAGACUAUUUCCAGCGUCCCCUACAGAAUGUCAAAGCCUCGCUGAGCAGAAGAUGAGUCCAUCAUCUUCUUUCUAAGACUUUCCCCCGGGUUUCUAUCAAAACACAUGAACACAUCAUAUGCCGUUAUUCUAUAUUGCCCUCCCUCUCUUUCUGUCAAUGAAGGAGGACCGUGGCAGUCAAUAAAUGCAGUUAGGGGGUUGUAUUCUAUGCAAUAUGCAAAAGAGAAUCUCCACUGAAAGCUACUCAGUUUGACAGGCUCCUUUCACUACACCUGACAUCACUCUGUAUAGGUUGUGAUGGGGUGUGCGCCAGAGAUCUCCUGUCUAAUAGGAAGUGAGACGCUUAAGAGAUGACCCUGCCUAAGCUGCCAUCACUGUCUCUUUGCCAGAGAGGGAGCUUGGCUCUCCCAUUACUCCUGCACUUGCUAAUUAGUGUCUGUCGCAGGAGUAACUUGUACCUGUCACUGUGUGCCGUUCUCCUAUAUUCAAUAACUUGGGGGAAUUGAAAUUGAAUGCCAGCUAAGCUCCAACAAACUGCAAAUGGUGCAUGGGAUACACCCUGAUUCUCUCACUGACCUGACAGCCUUAUAUGUUAGAAAUUGUUUUUAAUGAACACAGACUAUCUCAGCUACUUUCCACUGCUGGUCUAGAAUGUUUUAUCCAUUCAAAGAGGGGGCAAAGAGUUGUAUAGGCUUUUUUUACUGUUGUUUUUUUCAGGUACUUGAGCAAGUCCUAGUGCCAUAUGUCCAUGCAUGAAUGCCAAAGUCAUUUCUGUAAGAUAACCCAGUGCCUAUUUACAUUAAAGAGAC